CAAGGAACAAAUGGCUUCCCACGUUAUUAAAGAAAAGCUAUGCAGUGAAAGUGGUAACACCAUUUCAUUGAAGACAGGAGGUAGUAAGCUAAAAUUAUCUAUUGGAUCUGAGAAUACUCCAAAAACAACUAAUUUUACUCACAAAAAUCUUCUUUGUAUACAGAAUUCUCUUUCCUUAAGUAAUCAUCAAAUUAUAAAACUUGCUAAUAUGAUAAGAGUUGUUGAAAAAAGAAGAAACGCUGUAGAACCUGGACUGAAAGACUGUGUCUCUGAUUUGGAUAGUUAUCUUCUCCCAUUAUUUACUGAAGAAAAUAUUUUAUUUGAAUUUAAAAAUAAAGAUAAAACUUUGGAAUAUAAAAAUACUACAGUCGCGUACUGCAAUGAUGUUACUCUUUUUGUUAAACUACUCCUGGAUCUUAAAUGUGUUGAUUCUAAGAAUCAGUUGUUUAAAAUUGCUGUUGAUGGGGGAAGUGGUUUUAUCAAAUUUUGUUUAAACAUAGUUGAUAUCAAUGAAAUUUUUGAAAAUUACGGCAAGUUUGACAUAGAUCACCUUAAAACAAAACCCGUAACAGCUUGCAGGGGUUCAUAUAAAGAUGGUCUAAUAAAGAAAUUCAAAGAUUCGUCAGUAAAUGCUUUAUUUCUUCUUCUGGUAGCUCAAGAGAUCCCAGAAAGAUAUUUUAACAUUAAAAUAUUAUUUGAAAAACUAUAUCUUGAUAAAGUUGAGCACAUUGGGGUAUGCGACAUAAAUCUUAGUCAAAUUCUGACAGGUAUAUCUCCAAGUAGCAGUUCGAUUCAUCCCUGUUAUGUAUGUGAGUGGGAUAGAAGAGAAGCUUGGAAAAAUGCUCCAUACAGAACCUUUGAGAGCUGUCAAGAAAACUAUACAAAAUUCAAAGAAUCUGGUUCAAAACCAGAUUCUUUGAAUUUUGUAUAG